GUCACACGCGUUUGUCCCGCCCUCGCGUGUCCCGGUGGCCUUUCCAGCCUCUCUUGCCUCUUGCUCCCCACCCGCCGCAAAGUAGCCUGCUCGCGUGCGCAGCGUCGCGUAACACCUAUUGCUCGCCGUGUUCGACUUCCUCCGCGCUGUCGACGUCACGGGCCCGGUAACUAGAGGUCGCGUGUCCGUGUGAUCGCUUGUCUCCCGAUCUUGUUUGGUCAUUCCAUUGUCGUCCUAAAUCUGCAACGUGGGCUCUAUAUCUAAGGCCAUGUCGCCGAAACACUGGCUCAUGAAAGCCGAGCCUGACUCGCGCAUCGUGAAGGGUAAGGACGUCAAGUUCAGUGUGGACGACUUCGAGAGCGUGAAGACGACGCCUUGGGAGGGCGUCAGGAAUGCAGAGGCAAGGAACUUGAUGAAGGAGAUGAAGUUGGGGGACAAGGUGCUGUUCUACCAUUCGAAUUGUAAGGUCCCAGGCAUCGCAGCCUUCGCGGAGGUAUCUAUGGAAGCUUAUCCCGAUUACACCGCAUGGGAUCCUUCGCAUCCUUAUCACGACCAGAAGACUGACAAGGAGAACCCUAAGUGGUACAUGGUCGAUGUAACAUUCAUCUCUCGAGCGACUCACUUCGUCCCCCUCGCACUCCUACGCAACAUCUCUCUCGCGUCCGAAGACGACGUCCCGGAAGAAGUAGCCUACAUCGGCGAAGACGGGGUAAAGGCCAUCAAGCAGAUGGCGCUGGUGACCCGCGGCCGGCUCAGUGUUCAGAGAGUGGAAGAGAAGACAUGGGACGUUAUCCUACAGCUAGCAGAGAAGGGCGGGUGGGAUGCAAAGACGGUCGCGUCGAGCAAGGCGAAGGCGAAGGCGAAGCCUGCAGCAGCGGCCAAGAAAGCUCGUAAACCCAGGGUUAGUGCUAGGAAGAGCAAGAAAGCCCGCGAUGAAGAUGAGGACGAAGACGAGGACGCAGAAGACGCUCCAAGUGAAGAGGACGAAGAGGAUCAAACUGCGACGAAAAAUGAUGCCAAGAGGCGGGGUCAGAAGAGGAAGGCGGAGGACGAUCAUGAAGAAACGGCUGGAAGUUCCAAUCCGCGGCGAUCGACGCGGGCGAGAAAAUGAUCACUGCUACCGUGUGCUACGAGGUUGCACUCAUUGACAGCUAUAUCCAUGCGUUUCGCAUCAUCUCCUCUGGACUCCGCUAUCUCGUUGCUGUCUUCUCUAGUCUUCUCUGGUUGCCCUCUUAUGCCGCUUGUGUACACCAGUCUACACCACAGUACUGUGCGUCUCUCAAGAUCGACCCUGCUCCUUGCUGUUCUGACAACGGGUUCGUACAUUAUGGAGCUAGGCUUCAAGCCUCCGUUUAUGCUAUCUCUGUGGUCCGUUCUGCCUGCUCAUUUCCAGCCGCACCUAGCAUAUCUGCUUGCUCAGCUUCCUCCAUC